CGCUUUAAUCGAAUAUUCCAACAAGUCUAACAAUUUGUGAUAAGCAAUUCAUGAACCUUAGUUAUUAAAUCUCGUUACAACAUUACAUUUAAAAAAGAAUGGAAAAUUACAUGAGGAGAUUGGUGUUAUUUUCAGUUCUUGUAACAAUAGUGGCCGUAGUGUACGGACAACAGUGUAACGUUGUACCUAAGUGCACGUGCAAAUACGGCGAUGAAGAUAUUGACGUAGAAGAGCAGGACACGGGCAACGAAGCCUUGGCCGGCGCCGUUGGUGCUUUAGGAUCCGUUGUGGUCAGUGGAGGGGGGUUCGGAGUCUGGUAUAUGUUACGCGGACGAAAUUCUGGUUCAGCGUCUUUUGAAAGAUCAGACUCGUCUAUGUCGGAAGAAUCCGUGGACCGUGGAAAAGAAGGGAAAGGUCCACCGCAGGAAUUCAACAAAAAGAAAUCCGAGGCAAAUGGCGGAUAUGUUAAGACGCCGAACAUUUAUUCGGCGGGACGUAAUGAUAAGUUGAGCCACAAUGUCGGAAUGCCUGGGACCAUUGCCGAUUUUUAAAUCGACUGUUUCAGACCGGUUUAGACAAUCUAGGGAUAUUACGAACAUUCUGUUAUGUAUAUUACUCGUAAUUGGUUUAUAAAUUUUUAAAGUC